AGCUCUCCACAUCUGCUGCUUCCGAGCACAAUCGAAAUCCGCUUCGAACCAGAAGAGAGAGAAAGAGAGAGAGAGAGAGAGAAGCAGCAGCAGCAAUGGGAAAACGACUGAGAAGAGAGCGAUCGGUGUGCGCUCGCAUCUCCCCUCGCUCCACCUACCUCGCUCCUCACUCCACCUUCUACUGCUACGAGGAAGACGUGUGGACGGCGAUAGCGAGGUUCCUGAGCGGGAGAUCCCUGGUGAUGCUCGCGCUGACCAGCAAAUGGUUUUACCGUCUGAUGAUGGACGAGAGCAUAUGGAAGUUUGCCUGCUUGCGUGAUCUUCGAGUCCCCGAGCCUAAGCAGAAGCAAGUUUCGUGCAAGUGGAUCUCGCUCUAUGCUUCGGCUUUCGAUGGGAGUCACUCUUACAUGUUUCGUCAGCAGGAGAAGCAUAUCGAUUGGAUGCGAAUUGGUGCAUUCUCUCUUGAUUCAUCGCAGGCACUCCUGACCGAGAGGUUGAGUCCUGUGGAAAUACCAGAAGCGGAGAAUAUGGAGAAGAAAUUGCGGUCUGGCGGCUAUUGCUUGCUGAAGAACAUCAGAACUGGAAUCUGGAUAGCUGAUUUGCAGCUAGUUCGCUGUCCUCUCUGUGACCUAAGCAACUGUGAAGGAACCAUGCAAACUUUGGAUGCAAGGCACUUCGAACUCUUCCUCAACGAGGGAUUCCAGGACGGAACUUGGGAAUAUCAGGUUGUAGGAGCUCACGAUAUCAAAAAGAAUACAGAAGCAGCAUCUGGAGCCAUUUUUGACGUCAAACACCUCAAAGAUUCCUCAACCUCAGCAAUUUUUGAUGUCAAGUCAUGGGUAGGGAAGCCUGCCGAUUGGCAACCAAAGGCCAAGGUCACGGUCCAUGCGGUUGCAGUAAAUACCAAUUUACAGGAAAAUGAAGGAUUGCAUCUUAAAUAUCACGUCAUGAGAGCUGGAGCCGGCGGCGAUGUCGUUUCGAUCAGGAUUUCUCAGCAGCUUCUGUGAUUCAUCAUACCAAUUCUCGAAUAAAAAUCUGAAAACUCUAAUCGUAAACAAAAUGCAUAUGUAAUCCUACGAUAUCGAAAGAAGAAACAAUACCUAACCAACUGAUGAUCAGGUUCGCUAUCCUAUCACCCCUAACAAAGGACAAGGUCAUGCACAGA